CCCUCAGCGGUGCCCCCAGCCCUCUCUGGGGCCACCCCAACGUGUCCCCUGGCCGCAGGUCCCGCCGCGCAGGCCCCCUCGCUGCAGCGGAGGCUCCCCCGGUCCGGAUGGCAGGACGGGAGGGUCGCCUCCCAGAUCACCCACCCCAGCAGGCUGGUGGGGCACAGCUCGGGAGGAGAGGUCCAGAGGCAUCAGCUGGACACCAGGGUCAGGAAUGAGCCUGGAGGAGGAGGAGGAGGCCCUGGGCUGCAUCUGGCGCGGGUGAGCUUCGUGGUGCGUGCCUUCGGCUCAGCCUUCACCCUCGACCUCCAGCUGAACCACCACCUCCUCGCCUCCCGCUACGUGGAGCGGCACGUUGGGGCGGGCAGCAACGGCAGCCACAGCACGGGCGCAGGGGAGCACUGCUACUACCAGGGCCGGCUCCGGGGGCAGCCCCACUCCUUCGCAGCUCUCUCCAGCUGCCAGGGCCUGAGCGGGGUCUUCUCGGACGGCAGAGCCACCUUCCUGAUCGAGCCCCAGGCGGGCGUCGAGCACGGGCAGGGCCUUCGACCGCACGUGGUCCAGCGCAUCCCCAACUGCUCCCAACCGGGCUGCCUCUUCCCCGUGUGGAGCCAGCGCGUCGCGGGCGGGUUACCCAAGCUACGGCGGCGGCGGCAGGUCCGCCGAGCCCAGCACACGGUCCACAGCGAGACCAAGUACAUCGAGCUGGCUGUGGUGAACGACCACCAGCUGUUCUUACAGCUCCGCAAGUCCGUGGUUCUCACCAGCAACUUCGCCAAGUCCGUGGUCAACCUGGCUGACAUGAUCUACAAGGAGCAGCUCAACACCCGCAUCGUGCUGGUGGCCAUGGAGACGUGGGCCUCGGAGGACCGGAUCCGCAUGGGGGAAGACUCCUUGGAGACGCUGACGGAGUUCGUGAAGUACCGGCGGGAGGGCCCGGCCGAGCACAGCGACACCGUCCACCUCUUCUCGGGCCGGACCUUCCAGAGCAGCCGCAGCGGCACCGCUUUUGUGGGGGGCAUCUGCUCGCCCGCCCGUGCCGGGGGGGUCAAUGAGUACGGCAACGUGGCGGCCAUGGCGGUGACGCUGGCGCAGACGCUGGGACAGAACGUGGGCAUGAUGUGGAACAAGCACCGCACGGCCGCAGGCGACUGCCGGUGUCCGGACUCGUGGCUGGGCUGCAUCAUGGAGGACACAGGGUACUACCUCCCGCGGAAGUUCUCCCGCUGCAGCAUCGAUGAGUACAACCAGUUCCUGCAGGACGGCGGCGGGAGCUGCCUCUUCAACAAGCCCCUGAAGCUCCUGGACCCCCCAGAGUGCGGCAAUGGCUUCGUGGAGGCGGGCGAGGAGUGCGACUGCGGCUCGCUGGCGGAGUGCGCCAGGAGUGGGGGGAACUGCUGCAAGAAGUGCACGCUGACCCACGACGCCAUGUGCAGUGAUGGGCUCUGCUGCAAGGGCUGCAAGUACGAGCCGCGCGGAGUGUCCUGCCGGGAGGCUGUCAAUGAGUGCGACAUCCCCGAGACCUGCACCGGGGACUCCAGCCAGUGCCCCCCCAACCUCCACAAGCUGGAUGGCUACUUCUGUGAGAACGAGCAGGGGCGAUGCUAUGGCGGGCGCUGCAAGACCAGAGACCGGCAGUGCAACGCGCUGUGGGGCCGCGGCUCAGCCGAGCGCUUCUGCUAUGAGAAGCUCAACGUGGAGGGGACCGAGAGGGGCAACUGCGGGCGCGAGGGCCUGGGCUGGCUGCAGUGCAACAAGCAGGACGUGCUCUGCGGCUUCCUGCUCUGCGCCAACAUCUCGGGGCCCCCCCGGCUCGGGGAGCUCAGCGGAGAGGUCGCCACCACCACCUUCUUCCACCAGAACCGCUACGUGGACUGCAGGGGGGGCCACGUGCAGCUGGUGGACGGCUCGGACCUGAGCUACGUGGAGGACGGGACCCCGUGCGGGCCCGGGAUGCUGUGUCUCGACCGCAAAUGCCUUCCAGCCACAGCCUUUAACUUCAGCUCCUGCCCCGGGAGCUGGGAUGGGAAGAUCUGCUACGACCACGGGGUCUGCAGCAAUGAGGGCAAGUGCAUCUGCCGGGCGGAGUGGACGGGGAAGGACUGCAGCGUCUACGACCCCAUCCCCGAGCCGAAGCCGACGGGGGAGACGGAGCGCUACAAGGGUCCCAGUGGCACCAAUAUCAUUAUCGGCUCCAUCGCGGGGGCCGUGCUGGUGGCUGCCAUCGUCCUAGGGGGGACAGGCUGGGGAUUUAAGAACAUCCGCCGCGGAAGGUACGACCCGGCGCAGCAGGGAGUGUAACCGUGCCCCCCCCUCGUCCUCCUCCUCGUCACCGUCACUGUCACCGUCGCCUGACGGCGUGGGAGCCCCCCCCGGCCGGGCCCGUCUGUCCGUGUCGCUGUGUGUCCGGCCGUGCUGUCUCCAUCUCUGUGCCCCCCGCAGCUGAAAAGAGACAGGGGUUGAAGGAGGGAAGGGGGGGGGUCACACACUGGCAGCAG